UUUUAGCAUAGCUGCUGAAGGCUGCAGUACCUGAAGUAAACGCAAAAGUAACACUGCAGUUGUAGUAACAGCAUAAGUAAUAGAGAGUCCUGAAUUACGGACAGCACCUGAACGCAUCCCUCGCCGGUGAAGCUGGAUAGUUUCGGUUACCUCUGAGAAAACAGUGCCAACAGUGAGAUAGCAGCAAUCUGAUACACAUGUCGAUCCUCCAGUGUCACGAGGAUUAGAAUGAUUAGCAGGCGAUGAUAACAGGAUUUACCCUGAACCAGAACCGAGUCUUAAAGUUCAUCACUGUUGUUAGAACACCACCACAAGGGAAUCUACCUCUCAACUUAAACAAUAGGAGAAGUCGGCGGGAUUGCGUCCCUACGUCGGCCCUGAAUGUCUAAACUACCAGGAAAUGCAGGUGUGUCGGUGCUCGGGGAUAAGUCUCUGGAGUUUUACCGGGACCCGGUGAACUUCUGCCGGCAGAGGAUUGAGAAACACGGCAGUCGGGUGUUUCAGUGCCGACUGCUGAACAGACCGACCGCCUUCAUCUGCUCCGUGCAGGGGAUGAGAGAGCUGCUGUGCGAGAAGUCCAACGUGUUUCUGAAGGAUCCAACUGACUUGAUGACCAACAUGUAUGGUGACACCGUUGUCACCACCAAUGGGGAGGAGGCUUGUCUGCUCCGCCUGUCCCUCACCAGCCUGUUUUCAGGGACCUGCUUGGAAUCAUCAAGCGAUUAUAUCAACAGUGUAUGUGAGCGCUGCCUGAAGGACCUCUCAAUGAGUAGCCAGCCAGAGUGUGCAUACUCUGCUUUUAAGCGUCUGGGGACAGAGCUGGUGUUAGGCCUCUUUCUGAAUGUACGAGCAGAGGAGCAGCCUGAACUUUACCAGGAAAUCGCACAACUCUGCACCCAACACUGGCAUGGUCUGAUCUCUGCUCCGGUGAAUGUGAAGGUCCCUCUGUGGUCAUCUGGUUUCUCUACUGCUCUGGACGCCAGAGACAAGCUGAUGGACAUCAUUAAAGACAAACUGGAGAAUGAAAAACACGGUUUCGUUGGAUCUCUUGCGUCCUUGCCGCUGCCUGACUCCAGCUCUGCCUCACAGCAUCUGCUGUUGUUCAUCUCAGCUCUGAUCCCCAAAGCUCUGGCAUCACUGCUAACCUCCUUCACACUGGCGCUUAGUGGAAACGAGCAGUCUCGUCAGCGAGCGCUGGAAGACCCAGAUUACCUGCGCAAAGUAUUACUGGAGGUUCAGAGGCUUUGGCCUCCUUUUAUUGGAGGACGCAGAUUAGCUGAUCAGGACUCCACCCUCGCAGGGUUUCUAGUUCCAAAGAAUCAUGGUGUCAUCUAUAUCAGCCACUCCGUCCACCGAGAUCCAGAGGUGUUCCACGAGCCGGACAGCUUCCUGCCAGAGAGGUGGAGUGGACGGAAUGCAGGUCAGGAGCACCUCUUGUGUUCCUUCGGUAACGGGCCCAGAGGCUGCAUCGGGACCAAACUCAACGAUGUCUUCCUUAAGGAAGCCUGUGUGUACCUCUUAAAGCACUACAACUGGUGUUUGGAUCCUCCAUCACAAGACCUGGAGUACAAAUGGCUGCCGGUGUCUCGCCCUGCCAACACCCCUACCAUCUCCUUCACCCGACUGCAUCAGACCGGACCUGACAGCAGCUAAAGAUGCACAGUAUGCUUAGUGAUUCACCUGCUGACAAGUUAGAGAAGAAAAAAACAGCAUCAUGUGCACUAAAAACUGUAGGCCUGGUGCCUUUGUGGAAUGUGGAGAAGAAGCUGAAAAAUAUAUAUUGGAGACACAAAGGGAAGCCAGCAAACUGUGACGCCCCCCCCCCUGCUGUGUUUAAUACAGUAAUCGUCCAGGGGGAAGCCGAGGAGUGCGCGGGUUUCUCUGUGUGUGUGUUCCUCUGCCAGAUACUCUGCAGCUUUGCUUGAUGAAUCUGCAACAGAAGACAAAAAUGUAUGACUCAUUCUUCCAUUGUUCAAUCUGACACUUUCACACAGCAUUUUGUGGUCUGUAUUGAAAUGGGCUUCAAAAAGAUAAACCAUGAAUCUCUUCCUCUCAAUGAUCCCAAAGUUAGACAUUGCAUUGAUGUCAAAUUUUAGUUUACCAUAAUUACUGCCAUUUUUAUGUUUGUGUUCAUUGUACACAGGACUUGAAAUGACCUCUAAAACGACAGCUCCUGUGUGGCAGAAGUCACACCGCAAACCAAUAAGACACACGUGCAGAGGUAAACCCUGAGAUUUCAUCUCUCACUGCAAACCUGUACCCCCCCUCCAUCAUCUCCACCACCACCUAGCAACCACAACUGCUUAGCAACAGUUCAUCAUACAGACACUGACUUGCUUUCUUUUUAGUAUGCACGACACACACACACACACACACACACACACACACACACACACACACUCACACAAAGUUACACAUAAACCUAGCUAUUUUUGACAGCAGUUGGCAGUGAUAAACACACCACUGAAUCACAUGUGCAUGAUGCCAGAGGGCGUUACAGAGCACAUGCCAAAAUCUUAAAUAACCUAACAGAGAUGAAUAAUUUUAGCAACAUGAGCUACAGGAACCAUAAACUAAUAUUAAAGCUGCAAGCAGCAUUGAACGGCCCCAGCACCCACGCUCACGUUGGAGCAUGGCGCACUUCGGGGCACAGUGCACCCUAGGGUGUCGCGAAAGUCCGGGGUGCAGAUCAGCUGUGAGCACACUUUCACUGCAUCUAUAAGCUUUUAAAUAUUAUAGCCUCAUCUCAGACUUGCCCUGCAUCCCAAAGCUCUCAAAUAAUAUUACCUUGGUGAUUGGUCAAACCAGAAGUAGCCUGUGUAUUGCUGUGCACUGAGCAUCCCAAAGAUCUCUUUUGUGUCUCAGAGUAAACUGGGUCAGGAAGAGAGCAGAAUAAUCGGACGAGCAACAUGUAUUGGUACAUUAGAUCAGCCUUCUAAGAAGUCUUUACUGAUGGAGAAGCCCUAAUAUUAUCCCUUCUCUUAUCUUCCAGUGAUUCUUUUUAUUUUUAAUUUAUUAUUUAUUAAUAUUCAAGUGUAAAACAUGUAUUCUGUUGUUUUACAUUUUGUGUAUUUUUUUUUGUCUUUUGAUCAAAUGUAAGUGCGUUUAUUGUCUUUUUCAAUUCCUUCUUAACCCUCCUGUUAUGUUGCGGGUCAAAUUGACCCUUUUAAAAGUCUAUUUUAAGUAACAUAUGCCUUCCAAACCAGCUACAUGCAGCAUAACAAUCUUGGCAGCACGUGACAGAAGAGGUGUCAUGUUCAUUUAUCAGCAUCACUUCAUAAAAAAUAAAAAUAAUAAAAUUUUGAAUAAAAUAUGCAAAAAUAUAUAUCAUGUAAAACUAUUGUAUUUAUAUUUAGGGCUUUCCAAUGUAUAUUAAAAAAGUUUUAACAUUAAUUUUAAUGAAAAAAGAGUGAGUUAUCCUCAGUGAACCAUGAUCUGUGAGGAUUAAAGAACACCAAUGGACUAAAUCUUGUUUUAAAUGGUGCUUAAAAUUUUAUUUUUUUUAAAAUUGUGUAUUGGGAUUUUUUGGGUUUCUCACACUUUAGGAUUAUUGAAUAUGCCCGGGUCAAAUUGACCCAGGAACAUUAUUGCUGUUCCAGAGAAACAAACAUAACAGGAGGGUUAAUGUUUUAUUAUGUUUCAAGUGAGAGCCAGUGUCUUACUAUCUUGUAUCUGUAGUCAAAUGAACAACCUUUUUGAGACUGUAUGACGUCUGAACAAUUAUGCUGUGUUACUACAAUUUUUACCUGUGUGCUUGAUUUUAGUGAAAACACAAGUGACAUUUGGAUUCACUGUAGUUGCCUUUGUUUACAAGUGAAACAUUUAGAAUGUAAGUGACUCCUCCUUACUCAAAGUGAAGUAGCUGCAGUUUUUAACAUGUAAAGAGAAGGGUGCUGGAUGAUUCAAAGACAAAGAAAAAUAAAGAAACAAACUCUGAUGCCUUUU